AGGCCCCUAGAGAGAAACCAAACCAGCCAGCCCUCAGGCAGACCCGCCAGGGACCCACUGAUGAGGCACAGAUGGCAGCUGCUGCUGCUCUGGCCCGGCUGGAGCAGAAGCAGCCCAGGGCACGGGGCCCCACGUCACAGGACUCCAUCCGGAACCAAGUGAAAAAGGAACUUCGAGCUGAAGCUACUGUCAGCGGGAACCCGGAGGUUCUAGGAACCAAUGUGGUACCCGAGUCCAAAGAGGAAGGCUCAACCCACCUGGCAGUACCCGGCGUGUAUUUCACGUGUCCGCUCACUGGGGCCACCCUGAGGAAGGACCAGCGUGAUGCCCGCAUCAGAGAGGCUAUUCUCUCACACUUUGCCACUGACCCAGUGGCUGCCUCCAUCAUGAAGAUCCACACCUUCAACAAAGAUCGAGAUAGGGUGAAGCUGGGCGUGGACACCAUUGCCAAGUACUUAGACAACAUCCACCUACAUCCUGAGGAGGAGAAGUACCAGAAGAUCAAGCUACAGAACAAGGUGUUCCAGGAGCGCAUUAACUGCCUGGAAGGGGCCCAUGAGUUUUUUGAGGCCAUCGGGUUCCAGAAGGUGAUGCUGCCAGUUCCUGAUAAGGAGGGCCCCGAGGAGUUCUAUGUGCUGAGUGAGGCAGUGCUGGCCCAGCCCCAGAACCUGGAGAAGCACCGAGAGCAGCUGCUGGCUGCAGAGCCCGUGCGGGCCACACUGAACCGCCAGCGGCGUGUCUUCCGGCCAUCACCCCUGGCCUCACAGUUUGACCUGCCUGCAGACUUCUUCAAUCUCACAGCAGAGGAGAUCAAGCGGGAGCAGAGGCUCAGGUCGGAUGCCGUGGAGCGGCUGAGCGUGCUGCGUACCAAGGCCAUGCGGGAAAAGGAGGAGCAGCGGGAGCUGCGCAAGUACACCUAUGCACUGCUGCGAGUACGCCUCCCUGACGGCUGCCUGCUGCAGGGGACCUUCUACGCCCGUGAGCGGAUGGCAGCAGUCUACGGGUUUGUCAGGGAGGCCUUGCAGAGUGACUGGCUGCCUUUUGAGCUGCUGGCCUCAGGAGGGCAGAAGUUGUCGGAGGAUGAGAACCUGGCCUUGAAUGAGUGUGGGCUGGUGCCCUCAGCUCUCUUGACCUUCUCAUGGGAUGCAGCUGUGUUGGAGGAUGUCAAGGCUGCAGGGGCCAAGCCAGACUCGUCCAUCCUGAAGCCUGAACUGCUGUCGGCCAUUGAGAAGCUCUCAUAAAAUAAAAGCAGGGUUGGCCUCCACCACAUGGUCUGUCUUGUGCUCACCCUGUCCCCAUCCCCAUAGAACCUCCAGCCACUUCUGGAAACACAUGCCCUGCUCCAGGAACACAGGAGGGGUGCUGGCUGGCUGGGGAGCCCUGACGGCAGGGGAGGGUGUGCAGAUGUCCGAGUACCCCAAAGCAGGGACAGGGGCAGCACCAAAGCUGAGUCCUCCACCCACUGCUCAGUGGUUGCUCAGACCUCAGGGUGUCUCCCUGGGCAGGAGAGGUCUGCAGCAUGGCCUGGUUCUGAGUGCCAUGGAUGCUGUGGGGAAUACUGGUGACACUACUCAAUUAUGAAACCAAAUAAAUACAAUGUUUCAAUAUG